GAAAUGAAAAGGGAGACACCCACCGCGGAAAGUUGGGCAAGCUGCAAGGGAAGACCGUCGUAGUGUUUCGGAGGAAAAGGAAAGAGCAAGGAGCAGGAAAGGAAAGAUCGUCUCUCUCUCUCUCUCCAAAGUCCAAUCCGUCCUGGCUCCUGCCGAGUGAAGUGAUCAGCAGCUAAUUAGCGACUCAUAUUUCACUCGUCACCUCUUCCGGUAAGUGAUCCGCUUUUACUCCUCCCCGAAACCCUCGUUCGGGAGGAGCGAUCGGGGAAAUUGAGGAGGAGGAGGCGGAGGAGGAGGAGGCGGAGAGAGGGGAUCCAUUGCCAUGAGGGUGCCCUGCUGCUCCCUGUGCCAUUCGCGCUACGACGAGGAGGAGCGCGCCCCUCUGCUCCUCCACUGCGGCCAUGGCUUCUGCAAGGCCUGCCUCUCCAAGAUGUUCGCCGCCUCCGCCGGCACCUCCCUUUGCUGCCCGCGCUGCCGCCUCCCGACCCACGUCGGCAACAGCGUCCAUGCGCUCCGCAAGAACUUCCCUAUCCUCUCCCUCCUUGCCUCCUCGACCUCCUCCCCUUCCUUCGACUACGACUUCACCGACGAUGACGAAGAGGGGAAUGGUCAGGGGGAGGAAGAUUAUGACCUCGACGAAGACGAUUACAUUUCCCACGGGGGCGGCCGCCGCGGGAGGGCUGGAUUGCCCUCUCACGCCGGUUGCUGCGCCGCUGCCAGCACUAGCGCGGCCUCCACUACGGCUAUUGACCUUGGCCUCCACCACGAACUCAAGCUGCUAAGGAGGCUCGGAGAAGGGCGGCGAGUAGGGCAGGAGGUGUGGUCUGCUGUGCUGUCUAAGGGUUCCCCUUCCUCUAGUCAAAAUGGCGGGAGUUGUCGACACCUGGUGGCGGUGAAGCGCAUUGCGCUCACGGAGGACACCGACGGGGUGUGGUUGAAGAGUCGGCUGGAGAACCUGCGCCAAGCUUCCAUGUGGUGCAGGAACAUUUGUACCUUUCACGGGGUGAGACAGACGGAUGGAUACUUGUGCCUCGUUAUGGACAGGUUCACUAGCUCCAUCCAGUCAGAAAUGCAGCAGAACAAAGGCCGUCUUACAUUGGAGCAGAUACUCAGGUAUGGGGCGGAUAUUGCUCGUGGUGUGGCAGAGCUCCAUGCUGCUGGUAUUGUUUGCAUGAGUUUGAAACCAUCAAACCUUCUUUUGGAUUCAAAUUACCGUGCGGUGGUCUCAGAUUAUGGGCUUCCAGCUAUUCUAAAAAGACCUAUGUGCCGAAAAGCCCAAUCAGUUGCAGAGGGAUGCCCUUCAAGUUUGCAUUCAUGCAUGGAUUGCACAAUGCUAAGCCCUCAUUACACAGCUCCUGAGGCAUGGGAGCCAGUCAAGAAAUCACUAAAUUUAUUUUGGGAUGAUGCAAUUGGUAUAUCUUCUGAGUCUGAUGCUUGGAGUUUUGGCUGUACUCUUGUGGAAAUGUGUACUGGAUCUGCCCCAUGGUCUGGACAAAGUACCGAAGAGAUUUAUCGGUCUGUUGUCAAGGCACGGAAAUUACCCCCUCAAUAUGCAAGCAUAGUCGGUGUUGGAAUUCCUAGAGAUCUAUGGAAGAUGAUUGGUGAUUGUCUGCAAUUCAAACCUUCAAAGAGGCCAACUUUUCAUUCAAUGCUAGCAAUCUUUCUUCGACAUCUACAAGAAAUUCCUCGGAGUCCUCCUGCUAGUCCAGAAAAUGAGUUUCCAAGAGCUACUACAACCAAUAAUACCUCAGACCCUUCUCCUGUAUCUGUGUUAGAGGAUUUUCAGUGUAACCCAAAUAUUUUACAUCAACUUAUAUCUGAAGGAAAUUUUUGUGGGGUGAGUGAUCUGCUUGCAAAGGCAGCUUCAAACAGUAAGAGCUCAAUUGGUUCUCUUCUAGAAGCACAAAAUGCAGAGGGACAUACUGCUCUGCAUUUAGCUUGUAGGCGAGGUUCAGUGGAGCUUGUGAAGACUAUUUUGUCUUUCAAAGAAGCUGAUGUGGAUAUUUUAGACAGAGACGGUGAUCCUCCAAUUGUGUUUGCUGUGGUUGCUGGUUCUCCAGAGUGUGUUCGUGCUUUGAUUAGUAGAUCUGCUAACGUUAGUUCCAGGCUGAGAGAUGGCCUUGGCCCUUCUUUAACACAUAUAUGUGCUUUGCAUGGCCAACCAGAGUGCAUGAAAGAAUUACUGUUGGCUGGAGCUGAUCCAAAUGCAGUCGAUGAUGAGGGCGAAUCAGUUUUGCAUAUAGCCAUUUCAAAACGAUACUCUGAUUGUGCUAUUGUUAUUCUGGAAAAUGGAGGAUGUAGAUCAAUGAGAAUACUGAAUUCACAGAGAAAAACGCCCUUGCAUUUAUGCAUUGAGACAUGGAAUGUUGAAGUGGUGAAGAAGUGGGUUGAGUUGGCAUCACAGGAGGAUAUUGAUGAAGCCAUAGACAUUCCAAGUUCAAAUGGAACAGCAUUGUGCAUGGCUUCUUCUCUCAAGAAAACUCGUGAAAUUGAGGGCCGGGAAUUGGUUAGGGUGUUGUUAGCUGCUGGUGCAGAUCCCACAGCCCAAGAUGAACUGCACUACCGCACGGCAUUGCAUACUGCAGCAAUGAUCAAUGAUGCAGAUUUAGUUAAGAUCAUUCUGGAAGCUGGGGUUGAUGUGAACAUAAGGAAUGCUCAAAAUACAAUACCUCUCCAUGUUGCAUUGAAUAGAGGUUCAAAUUCAUGUGUUGGUUUGCUUUUAUCUGCUGGAGCAAACUGUAAUUUGCAGGAUGAUGAUGGUGACAAUGCCUUCCACAUAGCAGCUGAUGCAGCAAAAAUGAUCCGUGAAAAUCUCAAUUGGAUUGUUGUUAUGUUGCUGUACCCAUCUCCUGCUGUUGAUGUGCGAAACCACAGGGGUUGGACGUUGCGUGAUUUUCUUGAGGGCCUGCCUCGAGAAUGGAUCUCGGAGGAGCUGAUGGAAGCACUCAUUGACAAAGGAGUUUUUCUUUCUCCAACCAUAUAUGAAGUUGGAGACUGGGUGAGAUUCAAAAGAAGUGUUGAAAACCCAACUUACGGUUGGCAAGGUGCCAAUCACAAAAGUAUUGGAUUUGUCCAAACAGUGCCGAACAAUGAAAAUUUAAUUGUGUCCUUCUGCACUGCGGAGGGCCGAGAGGCACGUGUUUUGGCAAAUGAGGUUGUUAAAGUGAUUCCUUUAGACAGAGGACAGCAUGUCAAGAUGAAGUCUGACGUUAAAGAACCAAGGUUUGGAUGGCGUGGUCAAUCACAAGACAGUAUUGGUACUGUCCUCUGUGUUGAUGAUGAUGGUAUCUUACGGGUUGGUUUUCCUGGAGCAUCUAGGGGAUGGAGAGCUGAUCCUGCUGAAAUGGAAAGAGUUGAAGAAUUUAAGGUGGGUGACUGGGUCCGUGUUCGCCCUGUAUUAACAGCCGCUAUUCAUGGCAUGGAAGCUGUAACUCCUGGAAGCAUUGGGAUUGUGCAUUCCAUCAGGCCUGACAGUAGCCUGUUGCUAGGUCUUUGUUACUUAAACACUCCUUGGCACUGUGAACCUGAGGAAGUUGAACCUGUGGAGCCAUUCAGGAUUGGUGAUCAAGUAUGUGUAAAGAGGUCUGUUGCAGAGCCUAGGUAUUCUUGGGGUGGAGAGACACACCAUAGCGUAGGAAAGAUAAUUGAGAUAGAGAGUGACGGUCUACUUAUAAUUGAAAUUCCAAACCGUUCAACAGCAUGGCAAGCUGAUCCUUCUGAUAUGGAGAUGGUUGAAAAUUUUAUGGUCGGUGACUGGGUGAGAGUCAAAGCUUCAGUACCGUCUCCCAAAUAUGGAUGGGAAGAUGUGACACAGAACAGUAUCGGGAUUGUCCAUAGUCUAGAAGAUGAUGGUGAUAUGGGUGUUGCAUUCUGCUCUAGGAGUAAGCCUUUUUUAUGCUCAGUGGCAGAUAUGGAGAAAGUACAGCCCUUUGAGCUAGGAGAUAAAAUUCAUGUGAUGCCAACCAUAUCUCAACCACGAUUAGGAUGGUCAAAUGAAACUGCUGCAACUGUUGGGACAAUAUCAAGAAUAGAUAUGGAUGGAACUUUGAACGUCAAAGUUGCUGGUAGGAUUAACUUGUGGAAAGUAGCUCCAGGUGAUGCUGAGAGACUUACAGGCUUUGAAGUUGGAGAUUGGGUGCGUGUGAAACCACCAACUUUUGGGGCUAGUAGACCCACAUACGACCGGAAUAGCAUCGGAAAAGAAAGUAUUGCUGUUGUUCAUAGUAUACAAGACUCUGGAUACUUGGAGGUGGCUGGGUGUUUUAGGAAGGGAAAAUUGAUCACUCAUUUCAUGGACAUUGAGAAGGUCCCAUGCCUUAGAGUAGGGAACUAUGUUCGAUUUCGGGCUGGAAUUGUUGAGCCCAGAUGGGGCUGGAGAGGUGCUAGCCCUGAUUCUAGAGGCAUAAUAUCUGGCGUGCAUGCAGAUGGAGAAGUAAGAGUGGCUCUUUUUGGCAUGUCAGGACAGUGGAGAGGAGACCCUGCUGACCUUGAGAAGGAGGAAAUGUUUGAAGUUGGCAAUUGGGUUAGGCUGAAGGAUGAAUCUGGUUGCUGGAAAUCUCUGAAACCUGGAAGCAUAGGUGUGGUUCAUGGAAUAGGAUAUGAAAAUAAUAUGUUCGAUGGAACUAUUCAUGUUGCAUUUUGCGGUGAGCAAGAAAAGUGGGUUGGACCUGCUACUCAUCUAGUAGGAACAGCUAGGCUCAAUGUCGGGCAACGAGUGAGGAUUAAGAAAUGUGUGGAGCAACCCAGAUUUGGUUGGUCCACACACAGUCACACAAGUAUCGGGACUAUUUCAUCUAUUGAUGCGGAUGGAAAAUUAAGGAUAUAUACGCCUGCGGGAUCCAAGGCGUGGAUGAUUGACCCUGCCGAGGUGGACAUACUGGAGGAAGAGAAAGUACAAGUUGGAGAUUGGGUGAAAGUGAGGGAAGACAUUGUUACGCCGACAUAUCAAUGGGGAGAUGUUACCCAUGCGAGCAUAGGAGUGGUGCACAGGGCAGAGAAUGGGGAGUUGAGGAUUGCUUUCUGUUUUAGAGAGAAACUAUGGGUAUGCAAAGAGGAGGAGGUGGAGAAGGUGACAGCAUUCAAGAUGGGGGACAAGAUAAAAAUAAAACCAGGCUUAGUCAUGCCAAGGUGGGGGUGGGGAAUGGAAACAUCCUCAAGUAAGGGUGAGAUCAUGGGUGUAGAUGCCAACGGAAAGUUGAGGAUCAAGUUCAAAUGGAGAGAUGGGAGAUUGUGGAGAGGGGAUCCAGCAGAUGUUGUUCUUGAUGACUUGUGAACCAUAUCCGGUGCCAUUGAUGACUACUGCCUCUAGGUUUUUUUCAGCAAUUUUAUCUUAUUCUUUUGUCAUUCUACUUUUUUCUUCAGUUUACUACUGGAACAGUCAGUCAGCCAUGAUAGGCCCAUCUCAACCUGGUCUAAGAUACAUGAACUGAAGAACAUGGACGAAAUGCCUUCAAUCAUCCUGAUCCAGGAGAUAAGAUUGCCCCUCUUUAAUUAUGAAAAACUUGAUGUCUCAAGUUUAGUUUGUAUCACCAUAAAUUAUGCUACUGUCUGAUGUAACUCUAAUACUAGUGUACAGAUUUACCUUGGGAAAAAAAUCUUAGUCUUUUUUUCAUAAA